CAAGUUGAAUAGAGUCCUGUUUUGGUCCGGAGAGACCUUCACACCCUCUUCGUCCCUCAAACCGUCAAAUACAAGGUAGAGAGAGACUAGAGAGGUUUUUGUUGUCUACGAACACAAGCGACUCUCUCUCUCUCUGAAAUAGAAACAGAGAACCAGAGGCUCUUUGAUGAUUAAAAUAGGAAGUAAAAGGAAUCGUCCAUCCACGGAUUCGUUUCCUCUAUCUGCGUUUUUCAGGGCUUCGGUUUUGCAGAGGUAGAGGAGGUAGAGAGGGGUGAUUUUAGGGUUCUGUAGGCUGGUUUGGUUCAUGGGGGAAGCUUAUACAGUGGUAUGGUUCUCUGUUUCUUCUUUUUGUUUUUGUUUUUUUUUUUUUUUCAUUUAUUUCAAGGAUAAGCUGAUAAAAAGGCAAAUAAGCUUCCUUUUUUUUUUUUUUCUUUUUCUGGGGAUAACUAGAAGACGCAUUGUCUUGGUUUUUGAUGGUAUGUGGUGUUGAGUGCCAUAUUGAUUCGGUUCCUUUUUUUUUUUGUUUUAAUAGUUGAGAAUGGUUUAGAUUAUAUGGAAUAGAAGAUGGGUUCUUACGAACCUCAGAUCCUGGUUGACGAACCUUUGUGCGGGUUGCCGCCAGGUUCUGGUUGCUUGUUACCGUUAGGAAUAGCGGGGAAGGAAUUUGGAGAUUCUUUGGGUGACAUUGGUAGUGUUAGUAUGGGGUUGGUUGAUCAAUGUAGAAAUUGUGAGGGGUAUGACAAUGUCGUAUUUGAUGAACAUUCUCGCCUGGAAAUGGCGUGUCAGUUGGUUAGUUAUAAUGGGAAUGAAACAGGUUCAUCUGUUAUUGAAGGAAACUCAUGCUCAGAAAUAGCUUGCCCCAUAUCUAAUUGUAACGGAGACACCAUGAGUCCAGUGGAUGGGAUUUAUGUUUCUUCUCCACAAACUUACAGUGUUAAUAUUGUGAAUUUAAGUAUUGACCAAGAAGCAUCUAUUAUUAGAAAAGGUGGGUUAGAGGAUGGAUUUGCCCACAAGGAUUUUUCAGUAGCUGAGAAAGCACCAUGGGAUGAACUAAAUGUUGAUGAGCUCUCUAUGCAGAUUGGUAAAGAUUGUCAAUCAUCCAGCUUGGGGACUGAAAAAUGUUUUGCAGGGGAAGAAUCCAAAUGUGAUGAUGCCCCAGGAAACAUGGCAGAAAACGAAGAAAUUUCAUUGGCUUCAUCAUCCUGGACUGUUUUGUUAAAUAAACAAGCCCAACAUGGUGAGGACAAGGACACAGUGGAUGUCAAUGGCUCUAUAGACGAAGAGGUUACUGAUGCACAGAAGGUUGUGGAGGACAACUGUGAUGUUUUACCCAGGGCAUUGGGUGGCCUGAACACUCAUGUAUCUGUGGUAGAAGUGAAUACAUGCAAUUUGAAGGAGGGGUCACUUGACAUGGUUUCUGAUUGUUCCGUAAAACAUUUAGCUUCUCUGCAUUCAUGUAAACCAGCCAUAGAUAAUGUUUCUUCUCAAGGCUUGACAUUGCCAGAUCUUCAGGGAAGUGAUGCUAUUAACAGAGCUUUAACAUGUAGUAGUGUAACAGAUUGUACUAAGCAUGUGGACAAUGGUGGAGAGCAGAAUGAUAAACCUGAUUCUAUUGUUUCUAGUCCCCAAAAGGGGGACGCACUUAGCAGUUCUCUAGCACGUUUUAGCAUGAUUGGUUAUAAUGUCCAUGAAGAUAAUGCUAGACCUGAUUCUGUUUCUGUAUCCAACUGUUCUGAUACUAAGGGCCUGGUUCUUCGGAGGAGCACCCGUGUAAGCAAACUGAAUAGGAUUUAUGAGACAAGAAAGGCUGCACAACAAUGCAGGAAUACAGUCAAUGGCAUAUCCCGUUCAUGUGGAACCAUAGGGAUUUUCUUGAAGAUAGCAAGAGGGAAAAGAAGCUGUCCCUGUAAACCAGCACGUUCUUCUGUUUGGGGUGCAUUGGGAAAUAUUAUACAAGUUUUCAAGCAGAAUGAUUUGACUUUGAAGCAUGAUUUUGAUUUAAUUCAACUUCCAAAUCAUGGUUCACAAAAAACAAGAGGUUGGCAAAGGAGUAAGAGGCAGAAGAAGGCUAGGGCAGGUAGAAAUUCAUGUGUUUCCAGAGGAAAAUGCCGUACUUCAACUAGCCAUGUUCAUUUAAAGGUUAAAAUGGGGGAAGAGGUUGGCCAAAGAAAUCUACAGGCUAUGCUACCCGAGAUGGUAGUUCCUCCAGCAUCAGUUCAAAUUAUUGUCUCUGAAUGUCUGCCAGAUUUUGACCCAAGAGUUGAUCUAGGUGGCUCCAAAGCAGCUAAUAUGGUCCAAAUGGAACAUAAACUGAGGCAAAAUGUGCCUAGUCUUAGACAGUUCCAAUGUCCCAGUGAAAGCCUGGAAAAGUCAAUUGGUCCUGUUGAUAUUUGUGUACUGGAUGCUCACUUUGCAGAUAAGGAUCUGGAGAGCACUGUAACACAAGAUAUAUCUGUUGGGAAUAAUGUUGGCACUGGUCAUGGGGUUUCUUCUCAAAUGGUGGGUGAAACAAUUAAGAAUGGGUACUUGGAUGUGGGGACAUCUCCUGAUUCAGAAGUGACCAACCGGAUUCAUGAUGCCCAUGUUAGCUCAGGAGUUCAAGAAGACGUACAUGCCGUAGUUUCAACUUCUUCCCAAGAUGUUGCCAUCCCAACAGAUGUUACCGUUUCCAAUAUUCUUGUCAUAAACACAAAAAGGGGCAAAAAAAAUAUAAAGAUUAAAGGAGACUCACAUUCACAAUCAGGAUAUUGUGCAGAGGAAGGGACAUUGCUUGGCCGAGCAAAAAAGAACAAGAACAGAAAACCAUUAAAACGUAAACCCAGGCAGACAAUGGGACAGAACCUUGACUCUGGUGGGAUCUCUGCUUUGGAAACUGGAGAAAAUGCUUCCAGUAACAGUUCAAGCAUUGGGGAGUGUGCUACAGAAUCGUUGCUUUUGGUGGGAGGGGUUGAACCAGGGAUUUACCAAGAAACUUUCUCAGUGGAAACUGGUAUAGAUAUUUGUCCAUCUUCAGGGCAAGAUGUUGGUAAUAAACCAUCUGAAUCAUUGACUUCUGAGGGAUCUCUAUCUGCUGCUAAAACUAAAGGGCGUAAGCUUUCUAAAAUGUUCAUGCCCAAUGUUGGAGCGAGCAAAAGUAGGUCACAUGUCCCUGCUUCAUCAAGGCGUAGGAAAGUAAAUAAUCAUGAACAGAAAGGUGCACCCAAAUGUAGCAAGCGCAAGGCAAAGGAAAAGGGUCCUUUGGUUGACAAAAGUGAAAUUCAGCGACAAUCUGGUACAGUCAUGGACCUUUCUUCAGGAACGAGAAAAGAUUCAGCAUGUAGUGGAGCAGCUGAUUUAAGCAAAAUUAAUGAAGGAAAUGACAGAAGUGAUUUAGGAAGAAUCAAAAUAGACGACAAUAUGGCACCAGAGGACAUAUCUAGUUCUUCCAUGGUGUCCAUUGGGCUCGAGGAGCAGAAAGUACCACCACGGAGUGCAUGGGUGCGGUGUGAUGAUUGCUACAAAUGGCGGUGUAUACCAGCUGCACUUGCAGAUGAAAUAGAAGAAACAAAUUGUAGAUGGACUUGCAAAGACAAUGCAGACAAGUCAUUUGCAGAUUGUUCAGUUCCUCAAGAAAAGUCAAAUGCGGAGAUUAAUGCAGAGCUGGAAAUAUCAGAUGCCUCCUGUGAGGAAGAUGCUUAUGAUGCACACUCAAAUCCCAAGGGUUUUGAAUGCAGGCAAUUAAUAGCUCCUCAACAGGCAUCGUGGGCGCUUAUCAAGUCAAAUUUGUUUCUGCACCGCAGCCGUAAAUCCCAGACCAUUGAUGAGAUAAUGGUUUGCCACUGCAAGCCACCUCCAGAUGGUAAUUUGGGUUGUGGAGAUGAAUGUUUGAACCGGAUGCUCAACAUUGAAUGUGUUCAAGGGACCUGCCCAUGUGGAGACCAGUGUUCAAAUCAACAGUUCCAGAAACAAAAGUAUGCGAAAUUUAAGUGGUUUCGCUGUGGCAAAAAAGGAUAUGGGCUUCAGUUGCUGGAAAAUGUUUAUCAGGGGCAAUUUCUUAUAGAAUAUGUAGGAGAGGUGCUUGAUUUGCAUGCUUUUGAAGCAAGACAGAGAGAGUAUGCUUCUAUGGGUCAAAAACAUUUUUACUUCAUGACAUUGAAUGGCAGUGAGGUCAUAGAUGCAUGUGCUAAGGGAAAUUUGGGGCGUUUCAUCAACCACAGUUGUGAUCCUAACUGCCGCACAGAAAAGUGGAUGGUGAAUGGAGAAGUUUGUAUUGGACUCUUUGCUUUGAGGGAUAUUAAGAAGGGUGAAGAAAUAACAUUCGACUACAAUUAUGUACGUGUAUUUGGGGCUGCUGCGAAAAAAUGUUAUUGUGGUGCUUCUGACUGCCAGGGUUAUAUUGGUGGUGAUCCAUCAAAUACAGAUCUAAUUGUUCAGGGUGAUUCAGAUGAAGAAUAUCCAGAACCUAUAAUGAUUGAUGAACAUGGUUAUAACACUGACGACAAUGAUGAGAUAGGUUCUUCUACUAUUAACAGAGAUAGUGAAGCAGUACAAAAUGCAGAGGUUUCUCUGAAAACUAGAGAUACACUUAAUCGAGCUGCAUCUCCCAUUGGACAGUUGGAGCUUUCUUUAGAUAACAAGAACACUACUGGCAAAUCUUCCUCUGCUGUUCAAUCUUCAAAAGUUUCUUUGGCAAUGGAAGACAAUACAGGGAAGUUCUUAUCUACUGUCAGACCAUUAGAAGUCUCCUUACAAACAAAGAGCACCAUGGACAAAUCUUCAUCUCCUGUUCAAUUGUUAGAGGUUUCUUUAGAAAAAGGAGAGGCAAUGAACAAAUCAGCAUGUUCUCAAACAUUAGACACAUGUUAUUCAGCUGCAAGCACAGAAAAGAAAUUUAUUCCUGAUUCUAUUGAUGAUAACAAGUCCAGAUGUGAUGCAGUUGAAUAUAAGAGAAACUUGUCAAAGUUACAUCCCAUGAAAUCAUCUCGACCAUCUAGUUCAAUCAAGAACAAGAAUAAUGCUUCUCCUAUGAUCACUACCAAACCUCAAGUGGUGGGCAACAAACCUAAAAAGUUGCUGGGAACUGCUACAAGUGGUCGUUUCGAAGGGGUUGAAGAGAAACUUAAUGAGUUGCUUGAUGCUGAAGGUGGAAUAAGUAAACGCAAAGAUGCCACUAAAGGCUACUUGAAGCUUUUAUUUGUAACUGCAGCUGCUGGAGAUAGCAGUAAUGGUGAAGCAUUUCAGAGUACUCGAGAUCUUUCAAUGAUUCUUGAUGCUCUCUUGAAAACAAAAUCAAGGACAGUUUUGACUGAUAUAAUCAACAAAAAUGGUUUGCAGAUGUUACACAACAUAAUGAAGCAGAACCGAAAGGACUUCAGCAAAAUUCCUAUUCUCCGAAAGCUUCUCAAGGUGUUGGAAUAUCUUGCACUAAGGGAAAUUCUUUCCUUGGAACACAUCAAUAGGGAUCCUCCCCAUCCUGGAAUGGAAAGCUUCAAGGAUUCCAUGCUUGACCUGACAAAGCACAAUGAUGUUCAGGUACAUCAAAUUGCACGAAACUUCCGAGAUAGAUGGAUUCCUCGUUCCUUGAGGAGAGUUAGCUAUACAGACAGGGAUGACAGCAAAUUAGAAUUACAAAGUGGCUCAAAUUCCAUUUGGCUUUCUUCAUCACAUAAACGCUGGAAUGAUCAAGGUGUAAGACCCACAGAAGCAAUCAAUUGUGUCGCUCAAACAAUGCUUUCUACAACUUCAUUUGAUGCUGAUGGCCAAGUGGACAGAUUUGUUUCAUAUGUCAGCAAUGCUUGCCCACCAAAUGGGAGAACAACACGUAAGCGUAAAAGUCGCUGGGAUCAGCCUACAGAGACAAGCCUGGAUCUGAAGCCACCUCAUUCAAUUGAAGAACAAAAAGUAGAACUGAAUUUAAAACAGAAACUUGAACCUAGUUCACUGAAGGCUCAGAGUUGUGAGGUUGUGCAAGAUCAAACAAUGGAUGUUGACAAAGAUGAGGGGAAUCUCCAAGGUUGUGAUCUUGUUGGGCAAGAUGAAGCUUCUACAACUGCUGAUACCAGUCACAUCCAAGAAGAUGCACCUCCUGGAUUUGCUUCUGUUAAGAGCCCUCCAGUUCGAUCCAAUGCUUUUGCAGCCACUACUGCUAACCUUUUGUCAGAUGUUGAUCAUUCAGGUUUUUCUUGUGAAGUGAUAAUGGGGACUGCACAGAGAAGGUAUCUUUCUCAUUUGCCUGUGUCGUAUGGAAUUCCGUUGUCUUUUGUGAAGCAGUUGGGGACACUACAGGCAGAAUCUGUGGACUGUUGGAAAAUAGCACCAGGCAUUCCUUUUCAUCCUUUUCCACCAUUACCUCCAUUUCCACGGGCCAGAGGCAACUCUUUGUCCCCUGCAUCUAUUGCCAACCCAAUGACAAGGAACGCACAUGAAGAAGAAUUCAAACUGAGCAGUCAUCAUGGUCACCACUUAGAUCCAAGCAUUCCAAGCACAUCAGGGGAAAGACCACCAGAUGUGGCAGUUAGUGGGGCAAACAACCAGGAGAUGAUUAAGCAAGUAAGAUGUUCAUCAAAUGGUUUGGGAAAGAGGUAUUUCAGGCAGCAAAAGUUGAAUAAACAUGGCCCUCCAAGGCUCUGGAAAAAGAUUCCUUGGGGAGUUAAGGGCAACAACUCAAGAAAUGGGGUACACAGUGUAGCUGUAGGACAUGUAGCAAAUGAGUUCAGGGGUGUGGGUUCAGAUGGUGUAAAUGGUGGUGGUGAUAAUUAUGGCUCUGCUUUUUCUCAACAUUCACAACGUCCAUAUCAGCAUUGAUUUAAACAACUGGUGUGAGGAGCCACCGGUUUUUCCCUUAUUUCUUAUCCAUGUAUUUCUAAUUCUUUUGUUAUACAGGUUUCAUGAUUGAUGAAGGUUUAUUAUUUGAUUCCAGUCCAUGAUGAUUCAACUUCCAUCUAACAGCUGAUUCCUAAAGUUACUGAGUUGAUCCUACCAUGGUAUUUGAUCCAUCCACCAACCACCUCAAAGAGGCAGGUAUUCUUUUGAUGUAUGUUACUUUAAGAAAACAAAAGAUACCUCAGGUGAUAGAAGUUGUUUGAAGUGAAACGUUAUCUUCAUUCAUCAAAAAAAGUAAAACGUUAUCUUCAUUUUUCAAACUCUUUUCGGGAUUAUUUUCUUUCUCCUUUUGUUUAAUUAGUGGCACAAAAUAGGCUUCGUCAUCCUUACCUUUGAAUUGUUCAAUGCCUGAUGCCGGUAUAGUAGUGAACUAGCUAAUUUGACUUGUUGCUGUACAUAAUCUGUAUAAAUCAAGAAGUUUUCUUUUAUUCCAUUUUUCUUGUUAAAUUCCAAGAUUUGCCUGAUGAGGGGUGUAUGGAAAUUUGUGUGACAAUGUAUAUUCAACUUUUAUGUUUUC